AUCGGCCAACCCCUAUUUCUCUCUCUCUCUAGACAUUUCUAUUGGCAGUCCUGUGAAGAAAAGCUUCUAAUCUCUUUCUUUCUCCUCUCUCUUAAAAAGAGGAAAGGAUGAAAAUAAGCUUCUUAACCAAUCUCUGUUUCUCCAUCCUCUGUUUUAGUGCUAUUACCCAAACACACCACUAUCCAUGGCCUCUUCUACUUCUUCUUCUUCUCUUCUCUCUAUUCCCUUUCUUCCUCAACUAUUGGCUUAUCCCUGGUGGCUUUGCCUGGCGAAACCAACACAAGUAUUCCUCCUUCCCAACCCUCCCUGGUCCAUUUGGUUGGCCAUUACUUGGUAUCAUUCCUGCAAUGGGUCAUCUCAGUCACCGUAAACUCGCCGAGUUAUCGGCUUCACUCGGUGCAACUCGUCUUAUGGCUUUCAGUAUGGGUCCAACACGUGUCAUCAUCAGCAGUCAUCCUGAUACUGCGAAGGAGAUCCUCAGUGGUUCUGCUUUCUCUGAUCGUCCAACUAAGGAAUCCUCACGGUUACUGAUGUUCGAAAGAGCCAUUGGAUUCGCACCUUCCGGGGAAUACUGGAGAAAUCUGAGACGAAUUGCAGCGAAUCACAUGUUCUCUCCUCGGAGAAUUUCGGCUCUCGAGGGUCUUCGACAGAGAAUUGGAGAUGAAAUGUUGGAGAGAGUACGGAAAGAGAUGGAGUGGAGAGGGUUUGUGGAGGUUAGAGGAAUAGUUCAGAAAGGUUCUUUAGAUAAUGUGGUGGAGAGUUUGUUUGGGAGGUUUUUAGGGUUAGAGAGGAAGGAGGAAUUAAGUUUAAUGGUGGAGGAAGGUUAUGAGUUAAUUGAGAAAUUUAAUUGGGAGGAUUAUUUUCCUUUAGGGUUUCUGGAUUUCUAUGGAGUGAGAAGAAGGUGUCAUAAGUUGGCCAUUAAGGUUAAUGGUCUUUUGCUUCAGGUGAUAGAAGAGAGGAGAAAGGAAGAAGGAGAGUACAGGGGAAGAGAUGAUUUUCUCAGUGUUUUACUCACUUUACCAAACGAAGACCAGUUGAGUGAUUCAGACAUGGUGGCUGUUCUGUGGGAGAUGAUAUUUAGGGGAACAGAUGUGGUUGCCAUCCUUCUUGAGUGGAUCAUGGCAAGAAUGGCAUUGCAUCCAGACAUUCAAGCCAAAGCCCAAGAAGAAAUACAUAGGUGCACGUGCACCAACGGACACCGGCACGUGAGAGACUUGGACAUUCCCAAUCUUCCUUACCUUCAAGCCAUAGUUAAGGAAGUCCUCAGAUUACAUCCUCCGGGCCCACUUCUCUCAUGGGCCCGCCUUGCCACUCAUGAUGUCCACGUAGGCAAGUUCUUUGUCCCUGCAGGCACAACAGCAAUGGUGAAUAUGUGGGCUAUUACCCACGAUAGAUCCAUUUGGAAAGACCCAUGGGCCUUUAGACCAGAACGGUUCAUGGAGGAAGAUAUCAGUAUCAUGGGCUCAGACUUAAGGCUUGCGCCAUUUGGGUCGGGCCGUCGGGUGUGCCCCGGUAAGGCCCUUGGUUUGGCCACUGUUCAUUUGUGGCUGGCUUGCCUUCUCCAAAAUUUCACCUGGCUUCCAGCCCAAUCCGUCGAUCUCUCCGAGUGCCUCCGUCUCUCCCUUGAAAUGACAAAACCGUUGGCUUGCCGUGUCCUUCCCCGGAGACCCACAAUGUUGUGAAGAAAGUGUUGCAGAGUU